CCCGCGCCUCGAUCUAGGGCAUAUCUGGCCGGCGCGCGGCCAUAAGAACCGCCCUGGGCCGCCUAGAUAGCUCGAUCGAUCGUAUUCGUGUGUGCGUGUGCAUCGAUCCAUCUCCGACGAUCAUAGGAUCGGAGGUAGCAGAUCGAUCGAUCGAUCGAGAGCACAUCACUGCGCUAGGUCGUAGCAGCGCCAUGGCUAGCAGUACUCUUGUCAAUAAGUGCGUGGUGGUGGUGGUGGCCGUGGCGGCGUUCCUGCUGGCGCUGUCGUCGUGCGGCGUGGCGUCGGCGGCGGCGGCGGCGGGGAGGAAGACGACGUUUUUGAAGCCCGGUGCCAAGCCUCCGCCCAACUCCAAGUUCUUCACCCUGACACCCGGACGGUUCGGCCACAAGCGCGACUACCAGGCCGCCUGCUCCGACGAGCGUGGUCGCCCGGCGUGCUACGUCGGAUGCCCAAAGGACUGCCGCAACAAAUGCCUCGUCUUCUGCUCCUACUGCCUCAGCUUCUGCAUGUGUGACAUCUUCCCUGGCACCUCCUGCGGCGACCCUCGCUUCACCGGCGGCGACGGCAACACCUUCUACUUCCACGGCAAAAAGGACCAGGACUUCUGCAUCGUCACCGACGCCGACCUCCACAUCAACGCGCACUUCAUCGGCAACCACAACCCGGCCCUCAACCGCGACUUCACCUGGGUGCAGGCGCUGGGCGUCACCUUCCGCGGCGGCGGCGGCGACCACCACCGGCUCUACGUCGGUGCACGCAGGGCCGUCGAGUGGGACGAGGAGGAGGACCACAUCCAGGUCACCUUGGACGGCGAGCCCGUCGACGUGGACGCCGUCCGGAACGCGCGCUGGGCGUCCAGGGCCGUCCCCGGGCUCUCCGUGACGCGCAUGGACAGCGUCAACACCGUCAUGGUGGAGCUGGACGGCGUCUUCGCCAUCUCGGCCAACGCCGUGCCCAUCACCGACGGUGACGACCGGAUCCACAAGUACGGCAAGACGGGCAGCGACAGCCUGGUGCACCUCGACCUCGCCUUCCAGUUCCGUAACCUCACCAACGACGUCCACGGCGUGCUGGGCCAGACCUACCGCCCGGGCUACGUCACCAAACUCGACAUCGCCGCCAAGAUGCCCGUCAUGGGCGGCGCGCCCAACUAUCUGUCCGCCGCCGGUCUCUUCUCCACCGACUGCGCCGUCUCCCGGUUCCACCACCACCACCACCGCAGCGCCGCCGCCGGAGCUCGUGUCAUCACCACGUUCGCCUCCUAAUUAAUCAGUUCUCGAUCUCCAAAAUAAACUAACAUAUAUUAUACUUGGCACGAUCGACAUUCAUAUCAUAUCAUCACCGAUCAAUGCAUGCAUGCAUGACAUCAAGAAAUAAGUUAACAAUUAGCAAUAUCGACCACCAUUAUAUAUAUAUGUUGCGUACGUACGUACGUACAGUAGGCUCAACAUAUAUAUAGUACGUACGUACAACGGAACGAUUGGAUGACCAUGCAUGCAUGCUAGUGCGAUACAUACCAGCUACCGCCCGCAUCUCAUCGUACGUAAAUGGAAGAAAUAAUAAUUAAGUUAUUGUU